UGACUAAAAUCUCAUUUCGUUAAAAAAGUUCCAGUUCAGUUCAGUUCAGUUCCAUGCCUCACUUUUUUAUUUUGUUAUGUCACACAGGGAAAAUUUAGAGACAGCAAGUUCAAAUUUCUAAAUGGCAAAAGACGUUUAAAGGGUCCAAUUGAUAGAUCUUCAUCAUUGAAAGCAAUUCAGAUUGAGGUGAUCAUUGGAUAGUGUUAAGUGUUAAGAAAUGUUUAGUCUUUUCAAAAGAAGUGGAUUCAAUCCAGAUGAGUUUGAGAAAGAACUUAGCACCAUCACUCAAACCAUAUCGACUACGAGUCAGCAAAUACUGAAAUUGAAGAAAGGAAGUAAAACUUCAAAGCAUGUGGUAGGUCGUUUUUUCAUCUUGACAUAUUUGUUAUUCCUCGCAUAUGAUUAUUUCACUUUACCUUCAUCUACCAAGUUAACUCGAUUACAAUUGUUUAUCAAACAUCAAUCCAGAGAACAAUUCCUUAUAUUGGUAUUAUAUCCUGUAUUAGGUUAUACGAUUAUAUCAAUUGUUCAUUAUUUCUAUGCAUUCUUGAUUAAAAGUAGAACUAAUAGUUUAAAUAAUUUGAAAAAGAAACAUAAGUUGAAGAUUGAAGAAUUAAAGAAAAUAACUAAUUUUAAUGCUACAAAUGCUUUAUUAAAUAAAUUUGGUGAUGAAAAGGAUAAACCAAAACCAAAAGUACAACCCCAACCUCAACCACAAGAACAAGGAAAAGGAAAACAACAACGUAAUAACUUUCCUUCCAAUAUUGAUGUCAAUAAAUUAUCAGCAGAUCAAUUGAAAAAGUUGAAUAUAAAUAUAACUCCUAAUCAAGCACCAGUAGUACCAAAUCAACCAAUCACUACUACAUCUGCACCAUCAUCAAUCACAUCAAAAGCACAAAUAGAAGCACCAUCAGUUCCUACUGCCCCUACAGAAACAAAGAGAACAUUCCAAGAUCGUAUCUUGGAUGUGUUAAUUGGAUCGGAUAAUAAUGAAUCAGUUGAAAAUAGAUACGCAUUAAUUUGUUAUAAAUGUUAUACUCAUAAUGGAUUAGCUCCUCCCAAUACAGAGAAUCCUGCCACUAUUAAAUUCAGAUGUUUACGAUGUGAUACUUUGAAUGGUCAAGGGGUUUUAAAUGAAGAGUUGAAUGAUAUAAUUAAUGGUAAUAGAAAGGAAGAAUUUGUGGAGAAAGUGGCGGAAGCUGAAGAAUCCAAGAAAGAAGAGUCUAAUCCCGUGGAAGAGAAAGUAAUCAAAGUGGAAGCUGCCAAAGAAGAAUCCGAAGCUGAAAGGCCAGUUGAAGAGACUACUGACACUUCCGAAAAGGAUGUAGAAGAAAAAGAGAAAGCAAAGGAAUAAAUGUAAAUAUAAAUCUACAGUAUAUAGUUACCAAUUUUAUAAAUAUACGAGAUAUUAAAUAAUGAUAUUAUU